AGUAGCUUCAACGUCAACAAUUAAUAAGUAUCGACUUUAUAGUGAAAAUCAUCGAGUUAGUUAAUGUAUUUUCGUAAGACAUUAGAAAAUGAUUCUGUGCAUACAGAUGAAUUUUUGCUUGAUUUUCUAGAGAAUAAAGAUUCCAUUGUUCUUGUUUCUUUUUUUGUUCUAAACGCUGUUCCCGAAAUCUGUAUCGCCGACGCAAUUUGUCCCUAUCCUUGUAAGUGACUAUACAUAUAUGAGGCUAAUAGUACAGAGCAAAAUUGGAAUUUAAAAUACGUACUUGCUUCCUGAUGAAUUCAAACCAAGUUCUUCCAAUGCUAGUCUAAGUUCUUCAACCGUCGACGGUGACUUUCUACUCAUGGUAUGGUCGAGUUGGCAUUUUGAUGAUAGCUUUUCACAUUUCCUCGAACUUAAGACAGAACGUGCAUAUAUAUAUUUGUAAUUUUAUUUUUCUAUAAAAAAAGGAAAAACAAAGUAUUUAUAAUUAAUUAAUCAAAGCUUUCCAGCCUUUAAGGUCUUUGUAUGAGAAGAAGUAUCAGCAAAGGAAGUUCCAGGCAUCAGUUCGGAUGGAGGAUUUUUCUACAUUAAAGCAACCUACAGGAGCUUGGGAAGCGUCUGAAGAAGCUUCCGAUACUCCUAGUUUACUCGUGGUUAUAUUAGAUGCGAAUCCAGCUUCUUGGUAUUCACUUUCUAAACGUAUACCCGUUUCAAAAGUAUUGGCAGAUAUUAACGUCUUUUUAAACGCACAUUUGGCAUUUCAUCAUGAUAACCGAGUUGCUGUUCUGGCUUCUCAUUACAACAAAGUUGAAUAUCUAUAUCCGAAACCAGAGACCGAAGAAACUGUUCCUUUGUUAGAUUCUGCGAAGGAAGCAAAUACAUAUCGAAAGUUUCGAGAGGUUGAUGAUUUUGUUCUCACCGGAAUGAGGCGAUUGAUGCAUUCUACGUCAAGUAUAUCCAAAAAAACGCUGAUGUCUGGCGCGCUAUCCCGUGCGCUAGCUUAUAUAAACCAAGUGCAAAAUCAAAAAUAUAUCCGAUCCAGGAUAGUUAUUUUUUCAUUGACUGGUGAUGUGGCUCUUCAGUAUAUCCCUACAAUGAAUUGCAUCUUCUGUGCACAAAAGAAGAACAUUCCAAUUAGCAUAUGUAACAUUGCAGGAGGAACACUCUUUCUCGAACAAGCUGCAGAUGCAACAGGAGGAAUUUAUUUAAAAGUCGAUAACCCCAAUGGUUUAUUGCAGCAUUUAAUGAUGACUUUGUUUCCUGAUCAAAAUCUUCGGAAACAUCUCAAUACACCAAAUCAGGCAAAUGUUGAUUUUCGGGCUACUUGCUUUUGUCAUAAAAAUGUUUUAGAUAUCGGUUUUGUUUGUUCAGUAUGCUUGUCUAUCUACUGCGAACCAAGAGAGUUUUGCUCAACUUGUCAAACUAAAUUUACUCCUAGCACAUUAUCCAAACGAAAAUUUUCAUAAUUUAUAACUUUGGAUUAUUUGUUAACGAGUUGGUUAAUGAGCCAAGUACGCUGACAACUGGUGAGAAAGCAAUAAAUUAUCAACGAGUUUUGUUUUAUGAAUAAUUAGAUAUCAAGCGUACAUAAACAGCACGGCCUAGAGUUCCCCUUGAUAGUACUGAUUAGUUUCAAUCGGAGAGGGUGUAUACAAGUCUGCAUUGCAUGGUUGCAAUCUUGAAAUGGAUAUGAUAGAAAAAGAACACUAGAGAGACUUUAGGAACUAACUGCUUAAUGAACGUUAUUACAAUUCUUUUUGAAUUAAAUUUAAUUUCAGCUAUAUUUUCAAAACAAACAAUAGCAAUUUUCAUCUUCGUCCUCCCUAAUAUUAAUAUUAAACCAAUUUCUAUUCAUUAAUCGCAACAGAUUUUUAUUAGUGCAUUACCACCA